AUGAAUAAUAUAAGCUCGCUCCUCUGCGGUGUCUCUCCGUCUUCUGGGGGGCUCCUACUGCCUUCUGGGGGGCUCCUGCUGCCUUCUGGGGGGCUCCUACUGCCUUCUGGGGGCCCCUGCUGCCUUCUGGGGGCUCCUGCUGCCUUCUGGGGGCUCCUGCUGCCUUCUGGAAGCUUCUCCUGCCUUCUGGGGGCUCCUGCUGCCUUCUGGAAGCUUCUCCUGCCUUCUGGGGGCUCCUCCUGCCUUCUGGGGGCUCCUCCUGCCUUCUGGGGGCUCCUCCUGCCUUCUGGGGGCUCCUCCUGCCUUCUGGGGGCUCCUCCUGCCUUCUGGGGGCUCCUCCUACCUUCUGGGGGCUCCUCCUGCCUUCUGGGGGCUCCUACUGCCUUCUGGGGGCCCCUGCUGCCUUCUGGGGGCUCCUGCUGCCUUCUGGGGGCCCCUGCUGCCUUCUGGGGGCUCCUGCUGCCUUCUGGAAGCUUCUCCUGCCUUCUGGGGGCUCCUGCUGCCUUCUGGAAGCUUCUCCUGCCUUCUGGGGGCUCCUCCUGCCUUCUGGGGGCUCCUCCUGCCUUCUGGGGGCUCCUCCUGCCUUCUGGGGGCUCCUCCUGCCUUCUGGGGGCUCCUCCUGCCUUCUGGGGGCUCCUCCUGCCUUCUGGGGGCUCCUCCUGCCUUCUGGGGGCUCCUCCUGCCUUCUGGGGGCUCCUCCUGCCUUCUGGGGGCUCCUACUGCCUUCUGGGGGCCCCUGCUGCCUUCUGGGGGCUCCUGCUGCCUUCUGGGGGCCCCUGCUGCCUUCUGGGGGCUCCUGCUGCCUUCUGGAAGCUUCUCCUGCCUUCUGGGGGCUCCUGCUGCCUUCUGGAAGCUUCUCCUGCCUUCUGGGGGCUCCUGCUGCCUUCUGGAAGCUUCUCCUGCCUUCUGGGGGCUCCUCCUGCCUUCUGGGGGCUCCUCCUGCCUUCUGGGGGCUCCUCCUGCCUUCUGGGGGCUCCUCCUGCCUUCUGGAAGCUCCUACUGCCUUCUGGGGGCCCCUGCUGCCUUCUGGGGGCCCCUGCUGCCUUCUGGGGGCUCCUGCUGCCUUCUGGGGGCCCCUGCUGCCUUCUGGGGGCUCCUGCUGCCUUCUGGAAGCUUCUCCUGCCUUUUGGGGGCUCCUCCUGCCUUCUGGGGGCUCCUCCUGCCUUCUGGAGGCUCCUGCUGCCUUCUGGGGGCUCCUGCUGCCUUCUGGGGGCUCCUGCUGCCUUCUGGGGGCUCCUGCUGCCUUCUGGAGGCUUCACCUGCUUUCUGGAGGCUCCUGCUGCCUUCUGGAGGCUUCACCUGCCAUCUGGAGGCUCCUGCUGCCUUCUGGAGGCUUCACCUGCCUUCUGGAGGCUCCUGCUGCCUUCUGGAGUCUUCACCUGCCUUCUGGAGGCUCCUGCUGCCUUCUGGAGGCUUCACCUGCCUUCUGGAGGCUCCUGCUGCCUUCUGGAGGCUUCACCUGCCUUCUGGAGGCUCCUGCUGCCUUCUGGAGGCUUCACCUGCCUUCUGGAGGCUCCUGCUGCCUUCUGGAGGCUUCACCUGCCUUCUGGGGGCUCCUCCCACCUUCUGGGGGCUCCUCCCACCUUCUGGGGGCUCCUCCCACCUUCUGGAGGCUCCUCCCACCUUCUGGAGGCUCCUCCCACCUUCUGGAGCCUCCUCCCACCUUCUGGAGGCUCCUCCCACCUUCUGGAGCCUCCUCCCACCUUCUGGAGGCUCCUCCCACCUUCUGGAGGCUCCUCCCACCUUCUGGAGCCUCCUCCCACCUUCUGGAGGCUCCUCCCACCUUCUGGAGCCUCCUCCCACCUUCUGGAGCCUCCUCCCACCUUCUGGAGGCUCCUCCCACCUUCUGGAGGCUCCUCCCACCUUCUGGAGCCUCCUCCCACCUUCUGGAGGCUCCUCCCACCUUCUGGAGGCUCCUCCCACCUUCCGGAGCCUCCUCCCACCUUCUGGAGGCUCCUCCCACCUUCUGGAGGCUCCUCCCACCUUCUGGAGCCUCCUCCCACCUUCUGGAGGCUCCUCCCACCUUCUGGAGCCUCCUCCCUCCCACCUUCUGGAGGCUCCUCCCACCUUCUGGAGGCUCCUCCCACCUUCUGGAGGCUCCUCCCACCGUCUAGAGGCUCCUCCCGCCGGCUAUCAUGUCCAACUAAUGAUCUGGUCACUCGAUCAGGAUCUCCUAUAUAA